AAAGUGCAGUGUCCCUUUAAAGAUCAGUAAAGCCCCCAGCAUUGUGAAUUUACUCAUCUUACAUUAAAAAGGGAUUUACUUGUUAGAGGUUCAACCUGUGUUUUGGCAGCAGGAAAACUGUUGAUGUUGAUCUUCUAAAUGACCUUCUAGUUAUCGUACUGUACUUGGUUUUGGUUGUUCUGUUUUAAAUAAAUGAGGCUCAUUAGAUGAGGAAGCAACAUCUGUAGUGUUUCACCCGCAAGUAGUGUGCCACAGGUCUAUUUGCAGUCACAUCAAAUGCGCAAUUGACAACAGAUGACAUGAUAUGAAACAAAGCUAGAUUGAGCUUUUUUUGCUAUUAGUCUAAGCAUUAACGGCUGUUGACAGCCCCGGACAAUGAGUCCAUGCGUGAGCCAUUGUUAUUAUAACAAACAAUCCAGUCUAGAGGAUUUCGCUAUAUUUAACUUGUUGUAUGUCAACUGCUGAACUGCUGACAGGCAUGUAAAGUAUAAACAGCAGCGCUACAGAUGAAGUAAAGGGAGGGGGGGUCUCACUGGUCGAGUUCAUCUCUCUCUCUCCUGCAAUCUCUUCACCACUCAGUCCUUUGUCCUAAAGUAAUGUUAGUCCUGUGAAUCGGCAGUAGUGUGCAGAGAUUGGGUAGCGCUUUCCCAGGGCGCAUGAGCUGGCAUGCUUCCACCGUGUGAUUGAGUGUAUACGUGUGUGAGAGAGAGAGAGAAAGAAAGGGAGGGAAGGGGUUAGAGAUAGUGUCUAUGAACCUGAGGGUUUCUCCUCGACUGGAGAGGUGGGGUGGGGGGGUCGCGGCUGCUGGGACACUGGGCUGUGUGAGGGCACGGCUCCUUAAAACUCAACUGACACGCUUCCCAAAUGCCAGCACACACGGGGAGAGAGAGGAGACCAUGUUCUGUCUCAGAGCGGUAUCCAGCCUAGAUGAGGAAAGCAAGUGGUCGGUGCACUACACAGCACCCUGGCAUCAACAGGAGAACGUCUUCCUGCCAGGAAGCAGACCAACCUGUGUAGAUGACCUUCAUCGGCAGGCCAAAGUCAACCUGAAAACAGUCCUCAGAGAGUGUGACAAGCUCAGGAAAGAUGGCUUCCGCAGCUCCCAAUACUACUCGCAAAGCCCUGCCUUCUCUUCAAGCAGCCUUUGUGAAAAUGUGCACCUGGAGAAGGAGAAGACGGAGAAGAACGACAAAGGUUCAGACUCGCCUACCGAAGAGGAGAAGCUGGUAUACUCGAUGCCACCUCAGACACCCCUGCUGGAACAUGGCUUUGACUUGAACAUCCAGGGCAGCUGGACCAGCUGUUCACCUUUACCCACACCAGAGGAGAAGAUGAGGCUACAGGCCCAGACGGUUCUUACUGAUAUUAUUCCCAUCAACAUUACAGGUGAGAAUUUUGACCGCCAGGCCAGCUUCCGUCGCUCCAUAUCAAACACUGAUACCAUAAUACGAAGAUCCAAGAGGGUGCAAAGACGAAAGACAAUAACAGGCGUUCCUGACAACAUCCAGACGGAACUAGCAGACAAAGAACAAGAUGACUCCAGACUUCAGUCCAUGGGUAUGGCAGAUCAACACUCAACCCUCUGUCGAGCAGGAAGCGUUAACUCCACCCUGAGACGGAUGGAUAGCCGUGACUCCAGUUGCCAAACAGAACAGUUAAAGAUUGUUCCUCCCUCAGUACGAAGAAUCAGAGCACAAAAAGGCCAUGGAAUUGCAGCCCAAAUGGCCAAUGCAUCUCCCUCCACAAGCAGCAUUUCCACCAUGAGUGAAUGUAACAGCAUUAGCUACACUCAACUUAAUGGGAGUGAUCAGAGCUUUUACAGUUUGCCUCGCAUUUCACAUCAGCCUUGUGAACCUAAGUACAGCAGCUCCCCCUACAGGAUGAAUUCUGGCUCUACAAGCUCCUUGCCUUAUCAGUUUGACAUGCAGCAUGGUUCCUUAGCAUCGCUGCCGGACUCGAAAAGCAGCCCCAAAUCUGGUGAAUUUCAAAAUGAGCAUCUUAUUGCAAGCUACCAUGGCUGUGACCAAAAUAACAGCUUGACUUUAUUCAGUCUCAGUGAUGCUCUACAGAACUCUUUUGCUGGACAAAACCGGCCAGAGGAUGACCCUAUGCAGUCCCCUCAUUCCUCAGCACAGUUGCUCAGUUCUGCCGAUGCCUCAUUGUCUGGUACAUCCUCCUGUUACGAAUCAACCACCUCACUGUGUACAGGGAUCCAUACAGAGACCGAGUCCCAGUGCAGCACGCUUGACAGCAGAAAUCGUAGUUAUAACUGUGUUCGAAGGGGUUCUGACUUCUCAGAGAGCAGCAAUCAAAGCUGUAGCACCCUUACUAAUGACCAGUGGACAUAUGAGAUUCCUCCUAAGGACCAGCUUACUUCAAGUUGCUCCUCACCUGUCAGUCACAUAUACAACAGUCAGGAACAUUCUCCGAGCAAGACGGACACCAGCUCAUUGUUCUCUGCGGACAAGGAUGGGUACUAUACCUCCAGGCGUCUAGAAUCUGGUAUGAAGUCACACAGUCAUGGCCGCAUCCAUAAAGAGGCAGACACAAGGCACAGUUUGUACGAGUGCAAUGACCAUCACAGUCAGAGUGAUUGCGCAAGUCUGCACAGCAACCGCUCCCUGACUCGCAGCAUUUCCCUUCGGAAAGCCAAGAAGCCCCCACUCCCUCCCGCGAGAACCGACUCCUUACGACGCAAACCUCAGAGGAAGUCUCACCACAGUGGAUCGGUCCUUAGUGAGCAGCUGAUCUCCAGCCUUCAACAGUCCUUAGAACUUAACCUGCAAACACAAAGUGCAUCCUUUCCUGGACACGCAGCCAAUGGCUUUGAAGAUCCUUGGGUACUCCGACCCCGAAGCAAGAGCACUGUUAGCGCAACAAGCAGUGGUAUGUCGGCACCAGCUGCCGCGUGUCCGAUCACACCUACACACAGUGACAGCAGCAGUCAGCCCUCAGACUAUGCAGAGUCAUGGGACUUUUACAUGGAUUACCCAGGUCCACGAUCAGACCAAGGUGUCCCUUCUCAAAUUACAAGACAUGGAGGUUCUGAGGAAAAUCCAGGGGUCGUGAGCAAUGGAUCUUACAACAGUGGUUUCCCAUCAGCAUACUGCAAUGGGAUUAAGUCCAAACUGGUUUCAUCACCUGAAAAGGUUCAUCGCCUGACUUCGCCAUCCAGCGGGUAUUCAAGCCAGUCCAACACACCGACUGCAGGCACUCCGGUUACUUCUUUACUACGAGUAAAGUGUCCUACAGGAAGGCCAAAACCAAAAGUGCCAGAGAGAAAGUCCUCCCUGCUGUCUUCUGUGUCCUCAUCUUCUACAUCUCUUUCCUCCAACACCUCAGAUUCCAUUAAAAACAUUCCACCACCUCCACCUUUACCUGACAUAACUACUGGUCAAUGUGUGACACCCAGCCCUAUUUCCAGCUGCUUGACAGCAACUACGAUAGACUCAGACGCACCUCCUCUUUCUCAACAUGAUGUAUCUUCUGCCCUAGAACAGAAUUCCCCUUCACAUGUACCCACACCUGAAAAGUAUGAAAGGCUCUUCGAUGGCUUUCUUGAUUUUGUCCCAGACUCAACAAAGGUUUCGGAAACUCUGUCAUUGAAUGAAGGUACAAUUAGCCCUCCACCUCCUCCACUUCUUCCUCCUCCCGAGCCCUCAUCAUGCAUUCAAUCUCCUCUUCCUCCCCCUCCACCUCCUCCUCCACCAUUACCUGAGAUAAGUCUUCAAACUGCUGCCAUUUUUAAAAAAGAGACUUCUCGAACAUCGACAGAGUCUGUGGAAAGUGAAAAGGGACUAAACCUUAAUCGCUUUGAAGAACCGGAGAAGAGACCAAAAAUCACUGCUCAGGCUCUGAAGAUGGUGCAUCUACGCCCUGUCAAGCUCAUGCAAAUUGAAAGUAUUUUUACAGCAGUCAGUGUUAGACAUUUUGAGGAUCAGGCAGAAUAUUCUCAAAACUGCUCAGGGAAAUCCCUACAAAGUGAGACUGCGGAGAAAACAGUCAUUGCCAGUUGUGUUGGUGAGACAGAAAAUGGAGUGGAAACUUCAGACAACAAAGGAAACCCCCUUGAAGCAUCGUAUCAUUUUCUGCCCCCUGGCACAGAUGACCAUGUCACCAAUACUAAAACUGGGCAGAAUGGUCCCAUGCAAACUUCUGAGCCUCUUAGCAUCCCAAAUGAUUUACCUUUUCACGAGAUUGCACAGUGCACAGACUCCACCCUACAAAAUUCCCCUUCGAAACAAAAACCUCCUAUAUCUCCUAAGAAGCCAAAUCUAGCUCUUAUUAUUCCACCAAACAAUCAGGUCUCUAAUGGGAUGCAGCUUCAACAGGUUCAGGAAACAGCCGUCACUCCUGACCCAGAGCCAGUAAAUGACACAGACUCAACAGACGUACAUGUAGUUCAUCUGCAAGAGAUUCCAUUAGGCCUUGAGGCAGAAGAAGAAACUGAUUCGGGUUCCUCGACCCCUGUGGUCAAAGGCAGACUGUCUUUCAGUAGUGAUUUGUCAUCAAGCAGUCUGCAAGACCUUCAACUUUCUGAUCCCAUUCUUCAUGAGCAUGAUGAAGACCUGGGGCUCAGUGAUGAUAAAAAUACAUCAGAUGAUGGUUUAAGCAGCAGCUCAGGAUCCAUAAGCUUUAAGGAAGAUGAAAAUGAGGAAAAUGGUGCUUCGUUGGACUCGAGCACGGAAAGCUCACCGAGCAAGGACGUUAACGGAAAGGUUGUGGAGGAGAUGGUGACGCCCGUUCGUCCCCGCACUACAGAGGACCUCUUUGCUGCCAUUCAUAGGUCAAAGAGGAAGGUCCUGGGCCGUUGCGACUCUGAAGAGGAACGCUGCCGUAGCGUCCCCCCUUCCCCGCCUAUCACCCCAACAGGCUCCUGUCCCAGUUUGUCGUCCUUGCCUCGACAGUCUAGCUCCAUUCAGCGCAACCUGCGUCGGUCGUCAACCAGCAACGACAGCUUCAAAGCUCUUCUCCUCAAGAAGGGCAGUCGCUCCGAGUCCGGCUUCCGCAUGUCAGCCGCAGAGAUUCUCAAAUGCACAGACCCCCGUUUCCAAAAGACCGUCUCUGAGUCGCCUCAAUCGGACGGACUAUGCACCUCUCCGACGGGCAACAGGAGGGUAUCCGAAGAAUGGGCGCGUACCGAGGGUGCCCUGCCCCGCCUAUCUGCCGGACUAACAACUUUAAAAUACGGGCGCUCUCGCACACCGCCCUCAGCGGCCAGCAGUCGGUACAACAGCCGCAGUCGCAAUGCUAGCGGGCCAAUGACCGCUAUUUGUGAAAGAGAGGGCGAGAUGGCAGAGUCGCAGGACGGCUCCUUCACGCUGCCCUUGACCUCCAGCGGCACGGUCUGCUCUCAAGGCAGCACUUAAUGCUUUAGCAUUUCUCCUAACUUGAGGAUUUUUCAUCCCCUGACAGCUUGCCUGUUCAAUACCAAGACCAAGAGGUCUAAACUUUGGCUGGAAGGCCAUGCUUGUGCUGGCCCUUGGUGGCAUCUGAGGAAUAAGGAUUUAAUGGGAAGAGAUCUUUCUGUAAUUGUGUAACUUUUGGUUUUAUCAUUUGAAUAAGACAUUAGCACUCUUGAAAAUGUGAUAUUAACAGAGGGUUACUUGUUGUAUUUGCAGGUAGAAACUACAAGGAAAUGUACUUAUCCUUUUUUUGGUGGUAAGUUGAGGGUAAAAUAGUAUGGAACUGGAAUGUCAUUGAGGGAUUUUGUGAUGAAUCAUGCUGACGUGUUUCCGAGUACGGCAAUGGAAAGUACCCAACUGAAGUUAGCACUUGAACACAAAAAAGUGCUUUAUUGAGCAUAGUGAAUCAUAAUGUACGAACUGUAAUGUCACCCAAUCUAAUAUUCAUCCCUAAUAACGUCCUUGUGUUUUCUAAAGCACAAAGUCAUGUGGUCAGUAAAUAAUGACAUGGGUGCCCUACUGAAAAAUCCAGCAAAGACCAGCAUAAGAUGGAAGCUGAUUUAGCUGGUUUAAUGUGGCAGGAGCUGGUCUAUCCAGCUAGACCAGCUUAAAAAGUCACCAAAACACAGCUAGACCAGCUUGCUACACCGGCAAUACCAGCUAAAACCAAGCUGGGAGACCAGUUAAAACCAGCUCACCAGCUUAUGCUGGUCUUAGCUGGAUUUUUCAGUAGGGUGAACCUCUUCUUUAAAGGGACAUUCAACUUUUUUUAAAAAAAAUAUGCGUAUUUUCCAGCUUCCCUAGAGUUAAAUAUUUGGUUUUUACCAUUUUGGAAUCCAUUCAGCUGAUCUCC